AUGCUUCCAAGCCGUGUGCAUCUCCUCGCAAAGCCAAUUAUAUACAAAGUAGUAGUACCGAAUAGAGUAUAUUUGCAACGCGGAAUACAAUACAGAAACAUGAGUGACAUCACAAAGGAAAAGCCUGCUGAGGCAACUCCUGUUGAAGGUAACCCUGCAUCCUCAGAACUAAAGCCAAAAACUGCAAAGGAAUUGGAAAAGGAGAGGAAGAAAGCCGAAAAGUUGGCCAAGUUCAAUGCCAAGAAGGCCAAGCAAGCAGAAUCAUCCAAGGGCAAAUCCGAAGAGAAGAAGCCAAAGAAAGAAAAGAAAGAAUCUGCUCCAGUACCCGAAUUUGUUGACAAGACCCAACCCGGUGAGAAAAAAUUACUAGCCUCGUUAGAAGACCCCGCUUUCAAAGCAUACAAUCCAAAGAAUGUCGAAAGUUCGUGGUAUGCUUGGUGGGAAAACCAAGGUUAUUUCCAGCCGGAAUUCACAGAGUCCGGGGAAAUUAAGCCAGAAGGAUGCUUCUCUAUUCCUUGUCCUCCACCAAAUGUCACUGGUGCUUUGCAUAUAGGACACGCAUUGACCGUAUCUAUUCAAGAUACCUUGAUCAGAUGGAACAGAAUGCAAGGUAAAACCACUUUGUUUAUACCAGGGUUUGACCAUGCGGGUAUCGCAACUCAAUCAGUUGUUGAGAAACAAAUUUGGGCUAAGGAGAAGAAAACAAGACACGAUUAUGGACGUGAAAAAUUUGUUGAAAAGGUAUGGGAAUGGAAGGAGGAUUAUCAUGCAAGAAUCAAGAAUCAAUUCAAGAAAUUGGGUGCGUCAUAUGACUGGACUAGAGAGAGAUUUACCUUGAACCCUGAUUUAUCUGAAGCAGUCACUGAAGCUUUUGUUAGAAUGCAUGAAGAUGGAACUAUUUAUAGAGCUUCAAGAUUAGUCAAUUGGUCUGUCAAGUUGAACACCGCUAUUUCAAAUUUGGAGGUAGACAACAAAAAUAUUCCAGGAAAGACAUUAUUGGCUGUUCCUGGAUACGACAAGAAAAUUGAGUUUGGUACUUUGACCUCGUUUUCAUACCCAGUUGAAAAUUCAGACGAAAAGAUUACUGUUGCAACUACUAGACCGGAGACCAUCUUUGGUGACACUGCCGUUGCAGUACAUCCUAACGAUCCAAGAUACAAGCAUUUACACGGAAAAUUUGUCAUUCAUCCAUUCGUUGACAGAAAAUUACCGAUUGUCACUGACGCCGAAGCUGUUGAUAUGGAGUUUGGUACUGGUGCUGUAAAGAUUACUCCCGCCCAUGACCAAAACGAUUACAACACCGGUAAGAAAAAUAAUUUGGAGUUUAUCAACAUUUACACCGAUGAUGGUUUCCUUAAUGAAAAUGCCGGUCCAGAAUGGAAAGGUAUGAAGAGAUUCGACGCUAGAGCCAAGGUCAUCGAAGAAUUAAAAAAGAAGGACUUGUAUGUUGAGCAAAAGGACAACGAAAUGACAAUUCCACUUUGUUCUAGAUCUGGUGAUGUUAUUGAGCCAUUAUUAAAACCACAAUGGUACGUCAACCAACAAGAAAUGGCCAAGGAAGCUAUUGCUGCUGUCAAGAAUGGAGAUAUCACAAUUACACCUAAAACAUCGGAAGCGGAAUAUUUCCAUUGGAUGGAAAAUAUCCAAGACUGGUGUAUUUCCCGUCAAUUAUGGUGGGGCCACAGAUGUCCUGUGUACUUUGUUGAAAUUGAAGGUGAAGAACACGACAGGUUAGACAAUGAAUACUGGAUUGCUGGUAGAACAGAGGAGGAGGCUCUCGAGAAAGCAUCAGCAAAGUUUGGUGACAAAAAGUUCACCCUUUCUCAAGAUGAAGAUGUUUUGGACACUUGGUUUUCUUCAGGUUUAUGGCCAAUUUCAACCUUGGGAUGGCCACACAAGACCAGGGACAUGGAAUUAUUUAACCCAAUGUCAAUGUUGGAAACAGGAUGGGAUAUUUUGUUCUUCUGGGUUUCAAGAAUGAUAUUGUUGUCUUUGAAAUUGACAGGGAAAGUCCCAUUCAAGGAAGUUUUUUGCCAUUCUUUGGUUAGAGAUGCCCAAGGACGCAAAAUGUCGAAAUCUUUAGGAAAUGUUGUUGAUCCAUUAGAUGUUAUUACUGGUAUUCCAUUACAAGGAUUACAUGACAAAUUGCUUACCGGUAACUUGGACCCUAGAGAAUUAAAGAAAGCUACUGAAGGUCAAAAAUUAUCCUAUCCUAAUGGUAUCCCCGAAUGCGGUACUGAUGCAUUGAGAUUUGCUUUAUGUGCGUACUCAACUGGAGGUAGAGAUAUCAACUUGGACAUUUUGAGAGUUGAGGGUUACCGUAAGUUUUGUAACAAGAUAUACCAAGCUACAAAGUUCGUUUUGGGUAAGUUGGGUGAUGACUAUGUCCCACCGAAGUCGGCUGAAUUGACUGACCAUGAAUCUCUUGUCGAAAAAUGGAUUUUGCAUAAGUUGACAACUGCUGCUAAGAACACCAAUGAGGCAUUGGAGGCACGUAAUUUUGGUGAUGCCACAAAUCACAUUUACAAUUUCUGGUACGAUUUGUGUGAUGUUUACAUUGAAAACUCAAAAGCUUUGAUUCAAGAUGGUACCCCUGAACAAAAGAAGUCAGCCCGUGACACCUUAUACACUAGUAUCGACGGAGCAUUGAGAUUGAUUCAUCCAUUUAUGCCAUUUGUCACUGAAGAAAUGUGGCAGAGGUUGCCAAGACGUGAGGGUGACAAGACUGAAACAAUCGUCAAGGCCAAAUACCCAACUUAUAAAAAAGAGUAUGAUAAUAUUGACGCAUUAAAUGCCUACGACUUGGUCAUUGAUAUCACCAAGGGUGCUAGAUCGUUGUUGUCCCAAUAUAACAUCUUGAAGAAUGGACAAGUCUUUGUUGAAUCGGGCGUUGAAAACAUUUACAAGAUUGCUUCUGAUCAGCAAGACUCUAUUGUAUCCCUUAUUAAAGGUGUCGAAAAAAUUUCUGUUGUCAAAUCAGCUGACGAUGUUCCUUCAGGAUGUGCAUUACAAGCAAUUGGCCCUGAUUGUACUGUACAUGUCUUGGUCAAAGGACAAGUUGAUUUAGAUGCUGAAAUUGCCAAAGUCACCAAAAAGUUGGACUCAGCAAGAGAAACCAAGAAAAAGAAUGACGAUGCUAUAAGUAAAUUUACAGAAAAGACUAAACCGGAAGCUAUUCAAAGUGCCAAUCAACGUUUGGAAAAAGUUGUUGCAGAAAUUGAAGGUUAUGAACAGACUAUUGAAAUCUUGAAGAAGUUGAAACUUUAG